UACAAACAAUAAAAAUGACACCUUAUAACCACAAAUUGUAGGAUUGUCGGAUGUAAAAAAACAAUUUUUUAAGGAUGGAUUUAGAUUUAGAUGAUAAUUUUGAAUCGGAUGACAGCUUUUUCGACGACCCAAAAAUUACCAAAAAACCGGCGAAAAGUGCCGAGAAAAAGUCAAUCGAGGACAUUUUCGGAUUUGAGGAUGAGAAGAAAAACGAUGAGAAAAUUGGUGCUGCGGUAUCUAAUGAGAAUAUUACGAACAUUCCUGCAGCUAAACCUAAGGUCCGGUUCGAUAUUGAAGACUCUACAACCCCAAAAGUUAACGAACCACCCUUAAAGUCCAAAACUCCCGACUGGCUAUUAGGAGACGACACUGACCUCCUAAAACCGAAAAAACCUCCGUCAACAAAAUCUGAGCUUUUUGACGAUCCACCUGCGAACCCAAAAAAACCUUUUGACCUUCUCGACGACAUCCUGCCCCAAAGAAGCAAUAAAAAACCCGAGGAGCCAAAAACAUCCCUUGGAGAUAUUUUAAAGGAGAGCAAAGCGAAAUCAGGCCCAUCGAGCUUGGAAAAACCGAAAAAAGACGAGCAGCAGGGAGGUUUCAGUACCAUUUUGGAACCACCGCAGGGAACGAGAAGGGGAAGAAGGGGUUCCAGCACCGGAAUGACAGACGUCUUAGGAUUAUUCGGUUCUGGACCCUCUUCCAGUGAAUAUUUAGGAGCAUCGAAGCCUGCCAGUGUGGAAAAGAAGAGAGAAGGAACUCGGGCAAAAGAUUUUCCUGAUUGGCUGGGGGGUAGCACUACCGAAAAAUCAGAUACAUCAAUUUCAAUUCCUAAAACCGAUUAUAGUAAUCAAACUGUGGAAGUUAAAGAUGCUGUAGAUUCUGCUCAAAAUGUUGUAGCUGAGACAAACCAUUCUGAAGCUCCUGAGAUUCCGGUGGCACCUAGUUUUGAAACCAACUUGUCAAACCUUCAGACCCAAGAGUCGAUUCUUCUGGUUUCGUUCCAGCUGAAAAAGUACGAAGAAAACUUGAUGGAAAUCAAGAAUCAACAGCAAGAGAUCUUAAAAAAGCAGGAAAACCAGUUCGAUACGUUUUUGAAUAAAUAUAUCGAGAAGCAAAAGGUGAUUGAGCACGAGAUGUUGAACCAGCAAGAAAGAAUCAACGAGCACAUAAGACAUUUAGCUCUUAAAGGGUUUGAGCAUCAUAAAUCCCCCAUAAGGGGACAGGAAGAAGACGCUCUGGAAGAAACUUCAAUGGCAGUACCUUAUGAGAAAACUAUUCAAAGUUUAAAGCAACGGCAUGAAGAAGAGUUCUUUCUCAUGGAAGAAUCUUAUAAGAAACAAAUCUCUUUGCUGGAAAAAUCUUUGGAGCAAGUAGAACAACGUUUAAGCCAAGAGAUGGAAAACAUCCAAAAAGUUUCCGAGGAAAAAGUGAAAAACUCGCAGCGUCAACACCAAGAAGAUUUGCAAACCUGGAUCCUAAAGGUGCAACAAUUAAGCCAAAAACACCAAGAAGAGUUGCAGGAAUUAAAGGAAAACCAUAGCAAACAGGCCCGGGAAAUAAAAAUGGAAUUUCUGGAGCAAAUAGAGCGAAUUAAAGAGCAAAGGGAACGAGAGCAGGAUCUUUUUAAGGAAGGAGCUGAAAUAUCCCGGAAAUUGAAUGACGGAGUCGAACGGCUGGAGAGGAACGAGGAAAUCUUGGAUAAGUUACAGGAAAAAGCCGUAAGGGAUUACGAUGUACUUAGCAUAGCCAGGGAGAGGUCUAUCGAAAAUAAAGAAAGAGAAAUAGCAGCAAUGCGCCAAACCCUGGAUAAAUGCAGGGAGCAAACUGAAAAAGACAGAUCGCAACUCCUCGCCUUAAUUCGCACUCUAGAGCAUAAAAUAUCCGAGCAGAACUUGGACUGCCAAGAAGAACGGUGGGCAUUGCAACAAGCUGCGGCUACACUUGCCGCCCGAUCCGCUGCCUUUGAUAGAGAGGUCGAGUUUAGCAGGAGUGGAUUGGAAAGAGAAAGGGAACAACUUAAAACUUUAAAGGAAACUUUAUUAGCUGAGCAAGAACGGAUUACUAUGCAGCUAACCGAGGAGAAGCUGAAACUGGUUGCCGAAAAGUCGAAGCUAGAUGUAUCUGCCAAAUUAGUUAAUAGUUAUGAAAUUGAGAAAAUUAAGACUGAAGCUGAAACAGCUAUUAACGUUGCCAAAGAACUGACUGAGAAGCUUAAUAUGGAAAGGAAUAGUGUAUUAAGGCAAAAAAGUGAAUUGGAGAGUCUAAGACAGCAAUUAUUGGAAAAAGAGAGAAAUCUUAUCGAAAGAGAAGAAUACUUAGAACUAAAUCGACAAUCAAUGCAACAAAAAUCCCUGGAAGAUAAAAGACUUGUUCAGGAGACGAAAUUCUUGGAAAACCGAUAUAAAGAGAAACUGCAAGAGCUACAAUCCCAGGCCAUGUCAUUGUCGAACAGAGAAAAAAAACUCGCUGAAGAGAAACUUUUAGUUUCCAAGGAAAGACUUAACCUGUAUACUUCGAUGAAGAGUCAAACUGGGGCUAAUAAAUGUAUGCUUUGUCGUACCGAAGAACACACUACCACCAAACAGGAAUUAAUCGGUAAUGUACAAUCUGCCACUGAUCCGGACUUCCUUAAAUUACGUUUUGAGGCCAUGGAAGAAGAACUAAACAGUGAAGUUAGCAAGGAGGAAAAUACUCCGCAUUAAAUUUCUUAGUUAUUGUGAUUUAAUUUAUUAUGUUUUUUUAAAGAAUAAUAAACUUUUCUGAAUCACUGA